AUGCCUAAGCGGGCGUCAGUCAACACGCAAAAACUCGUUUCAAAGAGAAAGAAAUCUACGGGGGCAUCGGCGACGAAUGCCGAACCUGUUGAACAAAUCGACUAUGAUUUAUUAGCUGCCGCCAUCCUAAGACAAACACAGAACUCGAGCAACAGCUCUAUGACUCAGGGUAGCAGCUACAGUGUGAAUCAUACUAAUUUAUCCGUGUGUGACAUAAACAAUACCAAUGUUGACGAUCAGGAAGUGUCUCCAUUGGAUGUUGCCACUCAACAAAGAGUAAAUAACACUGCAACUAAGAAUCCUACAAGCCUGUCCCCACCAGCAGAGUCACAACAACCUUCAGAUUCAACAGCAUCUGUGGCUAAAUUGGUUAAUGCGUUAUUGAAUCAAGACGCAGCGCCACUGUCUAUUCAACAGUGGACUGACGCCUUUUUGAUUUUCAUGGGGAUUUACAUAGAAAAGUUCCCAGACCAAGCCCCCCACCUCUUAAAAUAUUGUUACUACAUAAGGGAAUUGAGUAAACUUUUAGGAGAUAAGGCGUGGAGUUUAUAUGAUGAAAACUUUCGUUUGUUGAAAGAGUCCACUUACUUACCAUGGCAAAAACCGGUCGAGGAAUUACGAAUCAAAGCUGCCUCCACUCAUUAUCAGUUACAGCAGCCCUUUCGUUCAAGCACAGGCAAUAAGCCUAUCAAAUUCUGCUACGCAUUCAACAAUGGGGACCAAUGUAUCCACAACCCCUGUCCUUAUACUCACAAAUGCCAAGCAUGCUCCGGUUCCCAUGCAAGGGUUAACUGCAGGGUUAGAAAACAAAAACAACCAACAAAUUCAACCGCUAAGUCCUCAUCAAGCACCCAAUCAGCUUCCUUCACCAGUCAACCCAAAAAGUUUAAGUAGCUUUCUAGCUAAAUAUGAUGGUAACCUUGCUUCUUACCUCAUCAAUGGGUUUACCGAUGGUUUUAGAUUAGGGUGUAUAUCUGCCCCUUCACCAUGUGUACCCCAAAACCAUAAAUCCACUUUGGAACACCCAGAAAUUAUUAAACAUUAUAUACAAGUGGGUUUAAGCAAAGGACGUAUUGCUGGCCCAUUCUCACACAAACCAUUUGAAAAUUUUGUUGUAUCCCCAUUGGGAUUGGUCCCAAAAAGCAAUACCGGAAAAUUUUGGGUAAUUCAUGAUCUUUCUUUCCCAAAAAACCCAAUCAGUCAAUGCUAACAUACCAAACGAAAAUUCGGUAGUGCAGUAUGAUUCUAUAGAUCAAGUAGUUCAUUUAGUUCAAAAAUUUGGGCACGGUUGCUUAAUGGCAAAGACAGAUAUUGAAGAUGCAUUUCGCAUUAUCCCAAUCCACCCAUCUGAUUAUUAUUUGUUGGGGUUUACUUGGGAGGGUCAGUUCUAUUACGACAAAUGUCUACCUAUGGGGGCAAGCAGUAGCUGUAAUUUUUUUGAAUCUUUUAGUACAGCUCUGCAAUGGGUAAUGGAACAUGUUUUUCAUGUCUCUGGGAUAUCGCAUAUUUUCGAUGAUUUUUUCUUUGUGGGGCCCCAAAAUUCGGUUAGUUGUAGGAAUGAUCUUGCCAGUUUUUUUUAUUUAUUUCUGUGCAAGUCGAUUGGUGUACCGAUCAAGAUGGAGAAAACUCGGGCACCUACAACCAACAUUGUCAUUUAUGGAAUAGAAGUAUAUUCCACAAAAAUGGAGUGUCGGCUCCCGUUAGAUAAAAUCCAAAAAAUAAGCAACAAGCUGAACUUAUUUAAAAGGUGCAAAAAGGUCAAAUUGAGAGACAUGCAAUCUAUCAUCGGUCUUCUAAAUUUUGUUUGCUCUGUUGUGGUACCAGGUCGUAUAUUUCUUCGUCGUUUGAUAAACUUGACAUGCGGCGUAACAUCCAAAAUUCUACAUUAGAUUGAAUAAGGAUGCUAGGGCCGAUUUAGACACCUGGGCUAAGUUUAUUGACCACUUUAAUGGAAAGUCAGUAUUUUUGGACAAUGUUUGGGUAACAUCAGACCAUCUCAGCUUAUACAUGGAUGCUUCUGGUGCUUUUGUAUUUUCAGCUGUUUUAGGUGCACAGUGGUUUGUAUGUGAAUGACCAAUUGAAUUGGAGGAUUAUACUAUUUGUGUAAAAGAAUUGUUUACAAUUGUCCUUGCUUUAGAAGUGUGGUCAAGCCAAUUUCAAAAUAAAAAGGUUUUGUUCCUAUCAGACAAUAUGGCUGUGGUAGAGGUCAUCAACAAGAAAUCCUGUAGGGAUAAUUCCUUAAUGAGAUUGCUUCGUAGACUUGUUUUAGUGUCAUUACGGUUCAAUAUCCAUUUUAGAUCAAAGCACAUACCUGGGAAAUUGAAUGUUACAGCUGACAGAUUAUCCCGUUUUAAAUUUCAGGAUGCCUUUCGGGAAACACCACAUUUACACAGACAACAAACAAAAAAUUUUCCAGCGGAAUUGCUUUACAUUUAACAAACUCAGCACAUAGACUUCUACAAGCUUCAUUGGCCCCAUCAACAAGGAAAGCAUACCAACACUCAUGGCAGCUUCUCCUUACCUGGGCCAAUUCCAUAUCAUUACCUAUACCUUCCAUUACACUGUGUAGUUUUAUGGGUCAUUUAUUUAAAACCGGAUAUUCACCAAGCUCAAUAGCAUCAUACAUUUCAGCUUUGACAUACAUCCAUGAAAUUUUAGGAUUGCCAAAUCCAGCUCAGUGUUUCUUGGCGCAAAAGAUGCUAAGAGGCUGUUACAAAUUAGGUCCAACAGUAGACACUCGUCUACCAAUUACUGGUGAAAUUUUAAAAAGCAUAAUAAAUGCAUUGAGUCAUACAGUUAAUAAUCAGGCCCAAUCAUUAUUACUAAAGGCUUUAUUUCUGGUUUCAUUCCAUGAGUUCUUCAGAUUGGGGGAAUUAGUUGUUACAUCAAAAACACAGUCAGUCAGAGUCAUUCAAAGAUCGGAUGUGCAUUUUGAGGCAGUAAAUGGCAAGCUGAAGCAGGUGCAAUUAGUCCUCCGAAAUUUCAAAACGAUUAAGUGUAGGUAACCACAGAUUAUUACCCUAGAAGCAUCAGUCAAUACUAAUGCAUACCCAGUACAUGCUUUAUUCAACUACCUGAAACAUUAUCGUCAUUCCGGUGGACCUCUUUUCCUGUUUUUAGAUGUUUGUCCUGUGUCUUAUUCCUUUGUAGCACAAAAGUUGAAUCAAGUUAUAAGAUUCAUUGGGCUCGAUCCAAAACAAUAUAAGGGUCACAGCUUUAGGAUUGGAGCUGCUACUCAUGCCUCUAAGCUGGGGUUUUCAGAAAAUGCUAUUCAGAAUAUGGGUAGAUGGAAGUCUGAUGCUGUCAAACGUUACAUCCGUUUGGGUUCAUUUCCUGUCACACUUCAUUGAAGAAAAUUCCUUGAACACAUAUUUAGGGAUUUAGAGGUAGUCUAGUCAUUAGUUAUAUCAGUAUUAGCAUACUAUCCCAGCCCCUUAGUAGUGCAAUUUUUGUCUAAAUUCCAACCCCCUUUUUCAUCGUAGUUCAGAUGAUGUCUGCUACCACCUCCAUGAUCUGUAGUUCGGAUUAUGUCUGCUACCACCCCCAUGUCAUGAGAGUUCAAGUGUAAAUAUCCUAUAUUUAUUAAGAACUAUGUAGUUGCUUUCGUUUGCUUUUUGUUGCUGGCCACCUGACAAAUCAGUUAAUCACAAUUUUUCAAUGUGUUUAUGUUACAUCUCUCGACAGAAUUUUUUCUGACAUUUUGAUAAGCAAUGUAUGUCACCAGUCCCAUCUUUGUCCUUUGGGUGGCGGAAUCCAAUUUUCAUUGGAUUUUUGGCGGAACUUUGUAGAUGCCACCUUAAUGUUUACAAGUUCUUGGUUUUUACAUCAAGGGGAGAUCACCCUGCCAUUGUUUUUAACUAUUGUGUGUAAAUAUGUUACCCGGUGAUCCCCGAAUUUUUUAUAUGUGCUUUAACAUGUUUUUAUACUUAUACAUUCUUAUGUACAUUGUUUCUCUUAAGUUCUAGGGAGAUCCCACUGUCUGUCAUAGCAUUUGCUCAAUAAGUCGGAUUAUGUUUGUCGGGGAUCUCCCUAUUAGUAAUGUAGUUGAUUUGUAGUAGUUUAUUACGUUCGUCAUUAAUAUAUGACAAUUUUCA